AUGGUUAUUAACGUAGGCAUGCUUCUCGGUCAAGUGUACGACUAUGUGCUGCGCGAUAUCUGUGCUGUCGUGGGCGUGUGCAAGGAGCACGGUGCUACCAGCAAGGUAAUCGUGGAGACGGCGCUCUUGAGCACAGAGCAGAUCCGCAAGGCCAGCGAGUUGGCCAUCGCUGCCGGUGCUGACUUCAUUAAGACGUCUACGGGCUACUCCACACGUGGUGCCAGCGAGGAGGACGUCAAACUCCUGGCAAGUAUCGCUGAGCCCGCUGGCAAGAAGGUCAAGGCCAGUGGUGGCAUUCGGACAGCGGCAGAUGCUCAGAAAAUGAUCGAACUUGGAGCGGCACGUCUUGGCACCAGUGUCGGUAUCGAGAUCGCGCAGGGUCGACAGAGUGCCGACGGGUUUGUAAUUAGUCCAUAG